AUGCCAUUUCGGUUCCCGGUGGAGUUUGAGCUUCCAAAGCACUGUUAUUUGAAUGCUCGUGUGAUAAAGGACCAGUUUAAGCGCCUUCAGUUUGCCGAGCACGAAGUCACCAGAAAUGCCUUGAAAUAUAUUGCCAGGAACACCGAACUUCCUCCAAGAGUUAGGCUUGAAGCCCAAUUGCAACUCACGUCUAUGCCCAAAUAUACCUCGUACACCCAGGUUAAGAACAGAUGUGUUGCUUCUGGCCAUGCCAAGUCAGUUUUGACCGACUUUAAGUUGAACAGAGUAAGUAUUGAAAUUCUUCAUGCUUUGAUUUUCCCCCUACUAACAUCAGACCGCAUUUAG